UCGCCUUCGCAUGCAAGGACAGCUCCGCCAAGUACGUCCUCGAGCAAUACGAGGAGGGCGUCAAGGACACCUACGACGAGUUCGACGGUGUGCUGGCCUUCAAGAGGCUGAAGGCAAAGAUGGAGUCCAACCCCGCCUUCGCCGAGUUCUCAGCGCAACGUGAGUUCGACGCGUUCGCCUGGGACAUCAAGAAGUCGGCCCUGGACAACAACGCCGAGUUCAAGCGUCUGGCUGGCAAGGUCAACGCGCAGAAGGAGGUGCUCACGGCCACAGCGCUCAAGCACGCCUACAUCAAGGUGGUGCCGACAGCCUACAAGCUGCCGAUCAGCGAGAAGAUCAUCAAGAGCGACGUCACCGUCGACGACGCCAUGGAGAGGGUGCGCAAGCUCGAGACAGCUGCAGCGAUCAUCGGGGCAUCGCCUGGGCAACACGCGAGUAUGGGCGUCGGUGCGGCCACGACGCCAAUGGACGUUGAUGAGGGCGCAAGGGCGGCUGGUGAUGGUGAAUCCAUCAACUGCAAGUACUGCCUCAACGACGGCUACCACCACUCGGACUGCAAGCGACUGACGCACAACAAAAAGAUGUACGGCAUCACCCUCUUUCCGAGCAGCCACCGCAUGAAGCGCGCUGCAGAGCUGCUCAACAGCCAGCUCGAAGAGGUCGAGCGCAAGGAGAAGCAGCGCGUCAUCAAGGACAACAACAAGGGCAAGAACAACAAGUACAACAAGGGACAUGAUGGUGGUGUGCGUCAUGAUCGACAUCGUCAGCGCGAGGCGCCACGAGACGACGAGCGGAAUGCUGACCGACACAGACGCAAUCGCUCACUCACACCGGUACAGGGGAGAGAGGAGGAGCACACACACGUGCAUGCUCUUGACGUGUGUGUAUGCUCUUGAAGAGAGGCAGCACAGAGAGAUGCACACACGGUUGGAUGGCUGCAAGGUCUCAGAAUCCUCGCGUGAUGUGGUGAUGCCACCGGUCGGGAACGAUCGACACGCUGAGAUGACACACGACACACUGACAUGCUUGUCUGGGGAGAGAGCCGUGCGUAGGGGAGGGAGAUCGGGUGAAGCCUGAUCAACUUCUGCCGGUCUCCACUUCCCAUCGACUCGCAGCUGAGGAGGGGGUUCCCUCAGUUGUCCAGUGCACAACACACAUUGCAAUGCUCCUCCAUCGACCGACUGACCUCUGGGUGGUGCCUGUAGUGGAUGACAUCCUCUGCGCCCCCAUGUCAGGCCGCGACGCGGACGCCGAUUGGUUCCGUGAGCUCCUCAACCGCGAGUACGGCAUCAAAGACCUGGGAAAGGCAGAUGUGUUUGUGGGCAUCAAGAUUGAGCGUGAUCCGCUCACCGGCGAGAUGAAGCUCUCGCAGCGGGCGUACAUCGAGAAGAUCCUCAAGCGCUUCCGAUGGGAGCAUUGCAACCCCGCAUCAACACCAGUGGCGAGCGGAGUGAAGCUCAGCAAAGACCACUGCCCCAGCACACCUGAGGAGAAAGAAUGA